AUGGGGUGGAAAGAGAUAUUUACCGAUGUUUUGUAUCGCUGUGUGAUGGAGUUAAUGGGAAAGCUGUUCGACCAACAAGGCGCCACUGUCUACUUCCAAGAGUUUUGGCCCAAGCCUUCUUUCGUUGACUCCAGUGGAGUGUACGCUUCCCAUGCUGACGACGUCUACAUGUUGUUCGGAUAUCCGUUCCUCUAUCCUUUGUUGGCAACGGACAUCGAGCGAAAGACUUCUCUUCGGAUGAUUGGUACACUUGCCGCUUUCGCCAAAGACGGGAAGCUACCUCUACUGGAGGACGGCAGCCAGUGGCCCGAGUACUCAAAAGCUCGCGGGUUUCCUGUGGUAGAACAUCGUCAUUCAGGCUACUCCAAUACGGAACCAAACCGAAACUGUGUCGCUGCACUAUCAUUAAAUUGUGAUAGCAAAGUCUCUCGAUUAACCCCGCUUUUUUAG